AUGGCAGGCACAGGGGCUGCAAUUGUGGGCAUGUUCCUUGUACUUUCCAUGGUCAUGAUGCCAAGCUGCUUAGCCACUGUCUACACUGUUGGAGACUCCUCUGGCUGGACUAGUGGUGUUGAUUAUAGCACUUGGACUAGUGGCAAGACCUUUGCAGUUGGUGAUAGCCUAGCGUUCAACUAUGGAAGUGGGCACACAGUGGAUGAAGUGAGUGGAAGCGACUACAAGACAUGCACAGUGGGCAAUUCAAUCACAAGUGAUAGCAGUGGAGCCACCACCAUCCCUCUCAAGGCUGCUGGGACUCGUUACUUCAUUUGUGCUGUGGUUGGGCAUUGUGGGAUGGGGAUGAAGCUUUCUGUGAAUGUAGUAGGGUCAGGAUCAACAGCAGCACCAUCUACCAAGGGUUCACCGUCACCGGCUACUUCCGGCAGUAACUCUACAGUUACCAGCCCUGCAGUUACCACACCCUCAUCAACAGGCGUAGACAACAGUCUAUCUACCUCUCCGGUUGUGGCUUUGUGGAGUAUUUGUGUUACUUGGGUUGCUAUUUGUGUGUUGAUUCUUUCAUAA